AUGGCGGCCUGCGCGGCGGCGCGGCCCGCGCCCUGGAGCGGAGGAGGCGCCUGGGUGGCGGCCUGGAACAGAAUCGCGCCCUGGAGGUGGCAGUGCGCAUCGAAGAGCCGCACGGCGGAGGAGGCGCGCGCCGGAGCCUGGGCGGCCAUGGUAGGGGCGGGGUCGGGGGCCGAGCCCGCACGCUCGCCCCCUGCGCCAAUCGCCGCCUCCCCUGCUCCAAUCGCGGUCGGGGCCAGCGCGUCCCCUGCUGUAGUCGCGCCGAGGGUGGGAGGAGGCGCGAGCAGGGGUCGGGACGCAGCCCUCGCGGACGCGACGGCGGCAGUUCCGGCCGCCCCAGCGCCCGCACCCUCCCCGGCGUCCGCCCUGGCGCCUGCGGCCGCGCCCUGGGCGGCGGCCAGCACGACGGCGGCGUAG